AUGACUUUUAAAUAUUUAAAAAUUUUUUAGAAAAUUUGGACAAAGAUCUUUACCAUAAAUAUUAUUGAUAAGUUAAAAUAACUAAAAUGGGAUUUUAGUAUACUAUUUCUAGUUUUGCUGUAAAAUUUUCUUAUUUUUUUGGGUAAAAUGAUAAGGGGGAUAUUUCUGUGGCGUCAAAGGUGUGAAAAGCUACAAUCUUCUGGUAGACAUUCAUAAUCUAAUCAUAUCUUAACUUUUCGUAGUGAUCAUAAAAAUCUUGUUAAGCUCCAGCUAGUUCUUUGCUUAAUGUUAUUGAAAUCAUCUAUUGGAGAUCAAGUUAAGUUACUUUAAAAAUAUUUAAAGGAUUAUUCUAAAGGUCUUAAAAAUAUUUUAUUUUUGUAAGUGCCAGUUUAGGAUAACCAGUCCCUUUGA